AUGACUACUCGCAAACCACCUGCAAGUUCGCCAAAGUCCUCCAAACGUUGGCCCCCAAGCACGUCAGCGGCCGCGUUGGCCAGCCCCUGCUUGUUGCCGAGUAUGCCGGGGUGGGGUUGGACCUCUCCGGGCCAUUUGGGACCAACCCGAAGAAGUUUUUGCCAGGAUAUCUCGGCGGCCAG